AUGGAAAACCACACUACCCAAUUCUCGUCCAAUUGCUCGACGCCCAGUGAGCCGACCACACCCGUGUCGCCUGCAUCCUCAACCAGCAGCUCCUACUUCAAUUCGUCCACCGAGCCCCAGGUCCCGUUCCAGAUCAUCGUUACCUUUGACGGAAAGGUGCGCGAGAUGCUGCGGAUAGAGCGGGGCGAGAGUGCGCCCGAAACACGCAAAUCGCGAAGAACACCCAGGCCAAGAUACUAUGCACGGAGUUCGGAGCAGCCGCUGAGAAUGGAUUGA